AAUCACCAACUUAAAAAGCCUCCCAAAUUCCCAAUUCAAUAAUCCAAUUCAGUACUUGACUUGUGUUCCUUGGUAGCUGUUCUUAAAGAGGGUUGCGAGUCUCAGCUUCUUCUUUACCAAGUCACCGCGAUUUUUGUGCAAUCGUACUCUCCAUUACUCACCCCUGAAAGGGCGGCCGAAGCUUCGGAGCCAGACCCCUUUUCAGGUGGCACAUGAUUGCUUUGGAUGAAGCAAACUCUUAUUUGUGAGACUCAUCACUAGAUCGAACUGCCUAGUCUUUUAAGCAUAUGUUAAAGAACCAGAACUGCUUCAAAGCCUAUUAGUCUUUUUCUCAAGGGUCUGGUUUGAACUUUUGAACUCUACCUUUCACCUUUGAAAUUUAUCAAAUAGAGAAGCAUGGAAGAGAAGAAUGAUCAGAUGGAUAAGGUUGAUGAUGUCAUGUUGCCGGGUUUUCGCUUCCAUCCAACUGAUGAGGAACUUGUGGGUUUUUACCUCAAGAGAAAAAUUCAGCAAAGGCUUCUCCCCAUUGAACUGAUUAAGCAAGUGGACAUUUAUAAAUAUGAUCCCUGGGAUCUUCCAAAGCUGGCAAGUACUGGGGAGAAAGAGUGGUACUUCUACUGCCCAAGGGAUCGAAAAUACCGCAACAGUGCUAGGCCUAACCGAGUCACAGGAGCCGGGUUUUGGAAAGCAACAGGAACAGACAGGCCUAUUUAUUCAUCUGAAGGCUCCAAGUGCAUAGGCCUAAAGAAGUCCCUUGUGUUCUACAGAGGCAGAGCUGCUAAAGGAAUCAAAACUGAUUGGAUGAUGCACGAGUUUCGCCUCCCUUCUAUCCCAGACUCAUCACCACCCAAGAAGCUGUUAGAUAAAAGCCUUCCUCCAAAUGAUGCAUGGGCCAUUUGCAGGAUUUUCAAGAAAACAAACUCAAUGGCACAGAGGGCUCUUUCUCAAUCUUGGCUAUCUACACUGCCCGAACCUACAGCAUCCGGUUUUCUAACUCAAUGCCCUCAGUUCAGUUCCGAAAACAACAUAUCUUGCACCACUGACUUAGGAUCAGCCAUCCAGUUUUGGAGUAACAACAAUGAAUUACAACAUCAACAAGGUUCAACUUACUCAGCUUUCGACGCUCUCCCUUAUAAACCCAACUUCAAUCCUGUAUUAGUCGGAGAAAACAUUCCCAAUGGCAUCAUGUUCUCUCCAAUUGAAAUGUCAUCACCACCCAAUUUCAACCACGCCUUAGUUGGUGACUUGAGUAACAACCACACCUCAGGGAGCAUAGACUUUGAUGGCUCACAACAACAACAGUUUAGUAAUGGCUUCUCAAUCAGUUUGGCUCAAGAUCAGAUUCAACAAAACAACAACACAAGCCAGGCUAACAAUAACAAUAGUCAUUGGGGGACUAUCAGAUCAAUUGGGUUUCCUUUCAGUUUGGGUUCAGAUGAUCCUAGUGACAUGUCUACUAGCUAUUCUACAAGCAAAUGUUAUACUUGAUAGAAUUGAUAGUAUACAGUACAAGGAAUCUAUUCUUCUCGCUCUAAUUAGACUACCAUGUAAUGUUUGUUAAUUAGCUACUAGUCAAUGUACAGUUUCCUAAAUUCUAAUUAUACCAUUUUAGGCA